UGUUUUUUUGGCCAACUCCAGUUCUAGUGGCGUGUCAGCUCUCAAUCGAAGCAUCGAACCUUGAGACACUCAUCAUCAUGAGGGUCUCCCAACAUUCACGUUGGGCGCAUGGCCAGCUGGAAGCGUGGAAGCAUUUUCCUCCUGCUGUCCAACUGUGCCUGCUCCAUCAACUCGUACAUGAGCUUGCUAAGCAGUUAGACAGCUGGCAGAUUCCAUUUUUGGCGGCCACGCCUCCAGAUCUACUUGCAGUGCUAGUGGCAUCCUGUACAGCAGGGGGCAAGAAGCAUGGCGAUGAAAAGAACCGCACAAGGCCGCGUUCCAAAAUUUGGAGACGGAGGUCAGACAGACGGUCUGCAGGGGUUGUUGAGGCUGAGGAUCAAUCGUCAGACUCAACAACCCCUGCAGACCGAACCGUGAUGGUGGCAUUGCGAAGGGCACCUUCGGCCUUGCAGCGAGCUGACGCGCACCAAGUGCAACCUCAUGGGGACUCAAAGGGUGCUCUGAUGGAGGUGGAUGGUAUGCCUCAGCCCAUUGGCGAAGAUGAGUUUCGACAUCUUUUGCGUGAGUGGUAUCCAGACAAGAAUCCGGAGAAGAAGGACAUGGCCACCUCCAUUUUCCAGUUCCUGCAGCAGCAGAAAACCUUCCUCAACCUGAGGUAGCCCUUCUACCGCAACGGAUGAGUAUGCGUUCGUGAUGAACAUUCACUUGCUGAUCUUGCUGUUCGGACUGCUGAUGAAAA